CAAGUCAUCAAGUUAAAUUCUCAAUAAUGUUUGUCUAACAAAUGACUGGAAAAUGAAAAUACUGAUGUCGCUGAACAAGAAUGCAUUGUAGAUUAGCGCUGAACGGGUGAGAAUGGAAACCGAAAGUUACUCAGCAAGUUUUUCAGAAAAGAAAAAUGAAUGGGUUUGUUUCCGUCUCUAUAUAACCUACUGUAAGUCCAUAGCCUGAGGCACAUUACAGCUGAUGUUGGUGUGGUUUACCAGGCUUAAUCAGAAGAGCAGCCGAAGCAUUAUUCAGCGGAACAUCUUUACAACUCAUUAUGAAACUGACAGUAAAGUUCAUGAGUGGAUAUGAGACCCUGGAAGUGAGCGAUGAUGCCUCGGUUGGGGAACUCAAACAGCGCAUUUUUCAGCUCGUCGGUGUGAUUACGUACGAACAGAAGCUUUGUGUGAAUCAUGAUAAAAAUAAUAUUCUUAAGGAUGACUCCAGGAGCCUCAGCAGUUACGGGUUGAACUCUGGCUCGGAGGUGAUCCUCCUCAUUAAGCAAUCUUUCCAGGUGUUCGUCAGGAACCACAGCGGCCAGACUAAAACCUAUGAUGUGGACGCCAACGAGACCGUCGAUCAGCUACGGGAAAAAGUCUACCGCAAAGAGAGAGUCCCGGUGGAUGAACAGCUGCUAACUUGUAACAGCAAACAACUCCAGUCUGGCAUGAAGUUGCAGGACUAUGACAUCAAAGCAGGAAGCACCAUUGACUUGGGUCUCCGUCUUCGGGGAGGAUAAUCGGAGAUCAGCGCGAUCCUAUUUAUUCUUUUAUUUAUUGGUGACUAAACGGUAAACAUACCGAAAAAUACUAAAAUUCUUUCCAUAAUAUAUUACACGUAGCAUAAUAGGCUAUAACAGGUCUUGCAUAUUGUAGCAAAUUAUUUUAAGUCAUUUGAUGUAUUAGCUUAAUUUGGUUUUGAAUGAUUUGUGUAAUAGAGUGUAAAAUGUGGAGUGCACGUAAUCCUUCAUUUUCAGUUUAAUGAUUCCACAUACAUGUGCUGAUCUAAACCUGUUACUUUUGUUGUAUAAAUUCCAUUUAAAAUAAAAA